AUGUUGAAAAAAGUCGUUUUUAAGUUAGCAAUUCCUAACCAUCCUAUAGUAAUUGAGUUCCCUAGUACAGAGGUCAUCAAAACUGUAGCUGAUACCAUUGCAGCGAAAGGUUUUAACCAAGUUUCAUUCAAAUCAAUUGAUGGGGUGAAAAUAAGCACGACUACUAAAGUUAGCGAAAUUCUCCAUGAACCGUAUUUCAUUGAAGUGGAUGGGCAUUCAUUUAAAAUCAGCCCAGAGCUGCAUGCGGACUCAGCAGAGAACUAAACUAUUUAUAUAUGAAUUAAUAUAAGUUCUAAUAAUAUCUUCUUUAUUAAUUAUUUAUUCUUAUUAAGUAUAUAACGAGUUUUUCCACAACUUGAAUUUAAGCUUAGAAGACCGUCAUUUACUUCAAAACUACGUACAUUCAGUCUCCUCCUAUCUAAAUUUAGCUUCAAAAGAAACUGAUAAAAGCUCUGUAGCAGCCGCAUUAAACAAAUUCUUACCUGUAGGCAGAGCAAAAACUGAAAAUCCUUUAGAAAUCCAAAAAAAUUUAAAUGAAUAUCACAAUGAGCUUAUUAAGCUUCUAGAGUUAGACGAAAGAAUUGAUAAAAAAGCAGCAAGGUUUACUAAUGGAGUUUUUUGGAUGGGAUUUGGAAUUCUCAGUAUGCAAUUUGCUUAUAUAGGUGCAGGAUUAACAUUAGCGUUAAUUAAAGAUUAGGGUCUUCCUGGUUUUACGUCUCACCCGUGAUGAAUCUUCGUAGAAGAAUCGUUUAGCUGCUAGCAAACCUCUCUGCAUGUCAGCGUUUUCACCAGAGUUAGCUGUCAUCCGGCUUUCAGCCUGGUUCUUAAUGCUGUCUUGGAACCUUGGAGUAUGCAGUUUGGGACUUGACGGCUGCUGCUUGAGUGACUAGAGUUCCAGCUAAGGAUAAACUCCCUAGCUAGUAUCGGUGCCAAAUAUGCCUUCGUCGUCAGCACUAGUGGCCUCUAGGGGUAAAAAGCCUUUUUUCCCAAAUGUCCAUCGGGAAGAUACAAAGCCUUCGUUGCCGGGCGAGGGAGGCAAAACCAACCGGAACACAAAUGCCUAGUACCCGUAGACUCCGUUUCCUGCUCGGUUUGGGCUCAAGCUGCAGCAUGGUCCUCAAACUCGAAACAGGUUCGGGAGAGGACGGGUCGAUGACGUCGCCAUUUUAUUUGUGUUAUUAGGUGCAGGCACUUAUGUUUUUUACUCAUGGGACAUUAUGGAGCCCCAAGCUUACUUGAUAACCUUAGCGAACUUUAUUACAGGGGUCAGCAUUUAUGCAGUCAAAAGGCAGGAAUUCAGUAUGGAGUCUAUGUAUGAUGUGAUUAAAAAUAAAAGAAAAAAUUAUCUAGCAAAGUCAUAUGGGCUGGAUAGGGAAAGAUUGGAGUUUCUCAAAGAAGAAGUAAAUCGAUUAAAGAAAAAAUUAAUUUCAGAUUAA